AUGGACGACGACCUCGACGAACCGGACGACGACGCGCCGCGCCUCGUCGAGUCGGCGCUGUCGCUGCGCGAGCGCUUCCGCCUCGUGCGGAAGAUCGGCGAGGGCGCCUUCGGCGAGGUCCACGAGGGCCUGGACGAGGCGUCGGGCGAGCGCGUGGCGCUCAAGCUCGCGCGGCUCUGCGGCGUGCCGGGCAACGAGCGCGACGACGGCAAGAGCCUGCCCAAGGCCGUGCUCCGCGAGCUCUGGUGCCUCCAGGAGCUCGUCGGCGAGCCCCACGCGACGCAGUACUUGGCUCACUUCCCCCGGGGCGCGUCCCUGGCCCUCGUGCUCGAGUUCUGCGCGACGGACCUGCAGAGCGUGAUGGCGGAGCGCGACGGCGGCGCGCCGCUGCCGGAGGCCGCCGCGCGGCGCUGGACGCGCGAGCUGCUGAUGGGUCUGGAGGCCGUCCACGGCGCGGGCCUCAUGCACCGCGACGUCAAGCCGUCGAACUGCCUCCUCACGGACGGCGGCGUCUUGAAGCUCGGCGACUUCGGCCAGGCGCGGCCCGUCGAGCGGAAGGUGUCGUUGGUGGAUCGGACGGACCCGAACUACAGCCACCAGGUGUCGACGCGCUGGUACCGCGCGCCGGAGAUCCUCUUCGGCGCGCGCGUCUACGGCCCGUCGCUCGACCUCUGGGCCGUCGGCGUCGUCCUCGCGGAGCUGCUCCACAACUUCGUGCUCUUCGAGGGCCACAGCGACAUCGAGCAGCUCGUCGUCGUCUUCAAGAAGAUGGGCUCCCCGUCGAAGGAGCGCUGGCCCUCGGCGUCGGCGCUGCCCGACUUCGCGAAGAUCUGCUUCCCGGACGCGGAGCCCCAGGACAUGGAGGCCUACCUCCCGAACGCGACGAUCGGCGCGCUCGACCUGCUCGGCCGGCUGCUCGUCCUCGAGCCGAGCAAGCGCGACGCGCCCGCCGCCGCCCUCGGCCGCGCCUUCUUCGACGGGCCCGACGCGGACCGCGCGGACCUCGCGGCGAUCGUCGCCGAGACCGCCAUCAAGGUCGCGGCGAAGCCCGCCGGCUCGUCGCGCUGCUACGACGACGACGACAGCUGGUGA